GUCGGUCGCCGAGAUCGGGAGCAUCCGAUCCACCGAGAGAGAGCGAGGGAAGAUGAGCGCGGCGGCGGGCGGGCUGCGUCAGCUGCUGACGGCGGCGGUGACGGCGGGGGCGGCGGAGGCGCGCGCCGCCGUGUUCGGGCACGUGGUGAACCCGUCGGGGAAGCGCGCGGCGACGAAGCUGCUGCGGAAGAAGCUCAUCGGCGAGCAUGUCGCGCAGUGGUACCCCGACGACAUCAAGCGCGACGACCCCGUCGUCAUGGCGCGCGAGGAGAAAGAGCGUCUCGCGAAGUUGGAAAUGCUUAAACGUCGUGGGAAGGGUCCGCCAAAGAAGGGACAGGGAAGGCGUGCGGUCAAGAGAAACAAAUAACUGCCUUGCUUCUUUUUAAUUUUACUGCUGAUUUGGCAGCUACUGCUGAAAUGUUUUCUGCAAAACUACCCUCUGUAUUAGGUCACUCAUGCUUCCUUUUGUUACUGAUUUUGCAACGGGUUUGUUUUCUCUAGUCGGAUGACUGGUUUAUAUACCCUUCUACUUGAAAUGCAACAUGCAUCAGCGUUGGUUUUCUUA